AGCCAACUAGCUAAAUCGACGAGCAUAAUUUCUAUUCAUUUUGAACUCGAAAGUCUUCUCUUUUUUGACACUCGGACGAGACCCGGACUUUGUGAAAGUUGCAAACUUUCCCCUCUCUUUCUCCGUUCGCAUCCGGAGAGAACAACGCCUCUCGGGGAAACACUAUUUUUUUCUUUGGAAACACGCCACUCAUUCAUUACCCCUCCCUGGGGACCUUGUUCCUGGGUCAUUUUGCUAGAUCAACAUUCAUUCUUUGAACAUAUUUCUCUUGAAAAUAGAGACAAAUUCUCAGAGACCUUGCUGGUUUAGUCUCUGUUGCGUGACCUCGGACCACGUCUCAAGCCGGAGAUCUACGGGAGUCAACCCGCAUGGACAUUGCCUGAGUUCAGGCUACAGAUCCACACGUGCUCCUCUUCCAAUCCUGUAUAGCUUCUUCCUUUCAUUUCAUUUCCCAUCAUAAUGUUGCCCCCGGUACCUUCGCCGCUGGACUACGGCAUCUCUCCGGAGAAUGGCUUCUUGUCACCAGAGCCUCCGCUGGAAGUUCUGCCAGAUGCAUACUAUGCCAAGUGGGAGGCGAUUGCUGCAAACUUGCAGCCUUUGCUCCUCAGUAAAAGAGUCCGGGGUAUCGUGGACAGAUUACCUUUGCUUUCAACCGAGUACCUGCGUACAGAUGCCGAGUGGCGUCGGGCAUAUGUCGUCCUGGUAUUUAUCUUGCACGGCUAUGUAUGGGGUGGUGACCGUCCUGCCGAGAAAAUCCCUCCUCAGUUGACCGUGCCCCUGUUCAAGGUCUGUGACCGACUUGAAGUUCCCCCAGUAGCCACAUACGCCGGCGUAUGCCUAUGGAACUACAAGCCCAUUUUCCCGGACGAGCCCACCGAUGACCUUGACAACCUCGCCUGUCUGCAGACUUUCACCGGAUCCCUAGAUGAACAAUGGUUUUACCUCAUCUCGGUAGCCAUCGAAGCCCGCGGUGCCCCCUCAAUCCCUCUCAUGCUGCAAGCUAUUGCCGCAGCUCGACGCGGCGAAGCCCGCGUAGUAACUGAGUGCCUGCAGCGGCUUGCUGAAAUUAUAGAUGAGGUCAACUCUCUCUUGCAACGCAUGUACGACAACUGCGACCCAUACAUCUUUUACAACCGCAUUCGCCCCUACCUCGCCGGUAGCAAGAACAUGGCCGACGCAGGCCUACCAAACGGCCUACUGUAUGACGAUGGUAAAAAUGAACCCAAGUACAGACAAUACGGCGGCGGCAGUAACGCCCAGAGCUCUCUGAUUCAGUUCUUCGAUAUCGUGCUGGGCGUGGAGCACCGGCCAACAGGCGUGUCUCGCCCAGAACAACGCGAUAACACGUCUGAAGAUAGCCCCAAGUCCCGGAACGGCUUUAUCCAUGAGAUGCGCGCCUAUAUGCCCGGCCCGCACAGACGGUUCCUGGAGCAUGUCGAUACAAUCGCCAAUAUCCGGUCCUUCGUUGAAGCUCGACGUACAGACCCUGCUCUACGGCUGGCGUACGAUGCCUGCCUAGGCAUGCUGCGUGCAAUGCGUGACAAGCACAUUCAAAUCGUGUCCCGCUAUGUCAUUCUCCAGGCGCGCGGAGCCCGUCGCGAGUCACAGGCCGCUAAGCCCAGCCAGCCUGCACCCCAGAAUCUGGCUACUGCCGCCCCGGCCGAUAGCAAGAAGCUACGAGGAACGGGUGGUACAGCACUCAUUCCGUUCCUUAAGCAGGCACGUGACGAGACCGGUGAACCGGCCAUCGAUGCAUGGGCACGACGACUUCUCAGCAAUGGACCUGCGGUUGUGGGCUCGGCUGCACUGAGUAAAGUCGGUGAGCAUCCUGAUGGGCAUCUUGAGGUUGUUGGCCUCUGCGGUUCAUGGACGGCGGACGAUAGUGAAGGUGGAAUCUGCCACUGGUGAUCAAAAUUAUUUUCUACUUAC